GUGAGAUUAGAGGCCGCACCUGUUUCUAAAAGACCGUGGACAUAGUCCUUUAGGUGAAGAGCUGUUUCCUCGGCGACAUCAGUUCAAGCCAUGCACAUUUUCCUUGUCUUGACCGCAGCCGUCGCUGCCGUUAAUGGUGAUGCGUGUACAUCGCACGUGCUGACAGGAACGCACGCGGGAACUCAUGGAGUUGGAUGCAUGAAGGCGAGCUGUUGUGCGGACAACUUCAAGUUGGCCAGUCUCUGCUCGGGAAGUGACGUCUGCUGUUUCAGCCAUGACACUUGUGGAUCUUCAAGCGGCGGCAACUACAACUGCUACGGCGACGUGAUGAAGUUACGCCCCGCUGGAGCCAGCGCCAGAACAUCCUCGGGCUUAGGGUACUCGGGUGUGCAGGCGUCCAAUCACAUGGUGGACCAGGACUAUGCGGAACUCAGCAAGCGGAAGUCCUGCUACGUCCGAGCCGGAGCUAACAACUGCAUCCACCCAGCCGUAGUUGCCGGCGUCGCUAGUCGGGAAACACGGGGCGGAAAGCUGCUGUACAGCACAGGGGGAUGGGGCGACCAUCACCACGCCUGGGGCAUCAUGCAGUGUGAUGUGUUUGCUUCCGGUCUGGGCUCCACGUGCCAGAAGUACGCGUGGGAUAGCUGUGACCAUAUCGACCAGAUGACCCGUGUCAUCCUUGUGCCCUACAUCAAGCAGGUGAAGGCCAAGCACCCGACAUGGUCACCCGAACAACAAAUGCAAGGAGGUGUGUCGGCCUAUAACGCUGGGGUUGGCAACGUUGCUACAUGGGCACACCUCGACGUCGGAACAACUGGCAGCGACUACAGUAAUGACGUCAUUGCACGUGCACAACACCUUAUAAAGCAACAUGGUUGGUGAUCUGGUACUGAGUUAAACAGGAUAUUGUUUUGAUCGUAAUAAAUAUUCAGACAAAUA